GUUACUCUGUCCCUGAAAAACACAUGUCGGUUCAGCUUAGAGGACACUUCUUAACAUGCCAUGGGAUUAAAAUACAGAAUGAACACCUGCAGCCUGCAUGUUUUUGACUCCAGCAACAUUUGAAGUUGGGUCAUCCCCUCCGGCAGCCACAGUGGACCUCAGUCCCCUCCUUCCUCAGACAGGAUGUUUCUGUGGGCGGGAAGUAAAGCAGAUGGAAGAAGUGAUCGCAGAACCAUCUACCAGAAGAUUCGUGAGUAUGAGGUGCUGGAUAAAAGGAAAACUGUGACAGCACUGAGGGCCGGAGAGGACAGAGCCAUCCUGCUGGGCCUCAGUAUGGUGCUGCUCUCAGUCAUGAUGUACUUUGUGGUGGGGAUCACGAUACUGCGCUCUUACUCUGACAGUUUAUGGACAGGUGAAGCUAACUGCACCAUCGUGAACUCCUCCAUCGUGUGGGAUGUGAACUGUUCAUACAGCUGUGGAGCAGAGUGCUGGAAGAGCUCCCGGUACCCGUGUCUGCAGGUCUACGUCAGCCUCAACUCUUCAGGGAGGGUGAUGCGACUUUUUCACAACGAGGAGACGCAGGACAAUAAUCCUGAGUGUUUCUAUAUCCCAAAGUGCCGUAAGGACUACUCAGCCACACAUGCUGUUGUCCAGAACAUCUCAGAGCGCCUCAGGUCUCAGCACACCGUUCUCUGUUUUGUGGAUCCAUCAGACAGAAUGGACAGCGCCAUCCUGACUCAGAUCUACGGUCGGGUCGCUGUCUUCCAUUCCCUUUUCUGGCCGACAUGCACACUGAUUGGAGGGACCAUCAUUAUCGCCUUGGUGAAGCUGACACAGUCAUUGUCCAUCAUGUGUGAAAGAAUCAGUCACAUUAAGAGGUGAAACACAGCCCUAUUGUUGGACACUACAUGGACAGUGAGAAGCUUCUUGGGGCCAAAACUGAAAGUUUAAGAGAAAGGACUGCUUGGAUGAUGAGGUCUAAGACAUUCACAAAUAAUCUAUAGGAAGAAUUGAUGAAAUCAUGCAACUUCAGGGUUGAAAUACGUAUUUUAUUAACUGCUUUUGAAGUGUGAUACACAAAAGGCUUGCCAGUGCUGGAAGCUGAGUUAUAAUCUGUGAAACUUUCCAUUCUUUUUGUUGCCCAGUAUUGUAAUGAUUUUUACAAAUGCAUUAAAAUAAUCUGUAUUCUUCAGCAUUGAUUGGCUAAAUGUUCAAGAAAAAGGUCAACUUUGCUUAUCCUCUUUCUAAAGAAAAGUUAUAGGGGGAUCAGUUUUAUAUUUUCUGUUGAAGACUUACAGUGCAACUAUGCAAUAGCCAUGCCCCAGAUCCACCAUUGCCUCUAUCCCCCCAUUGCCCCCAGUAAAAAAGCAUGAUAAGUAAAGCAUUUGUGGCUGAAAAACAGAGCCAGGUGUAGACCUAUUGUGACCUAUAAAAACACUCUAACUUCAAGUUUGCUGAGGCCCAGAAGCACCUGCUGAUGUGCAGUUCAUCAAGUGACCACUAGGGGCUGGCUGCUGAAAGUCUGGAAGUCACAUAAACAACCCAUGUUAGGAUGUCCAUUUUUACAGAAGAAAUAUACAUGUUCACAGCCUGGCUCAAAUAAAAUUUUGGUUUUAAUAGGGUCAUGUUUAAUGAGUACACUCUAUGGAAGGGGAAUUUUUCAGAAUUCGUCCACUUUAGUGCAAAUGAGGAUAUUUAAUUAUGCUGUUGUAAUGCAUGUGGAGCUGGUUGUCAAGAGGCUCAACGGGCUAUCUCGGUAUCUUUAAGGCUGGGUUGUAUAAGGUAGUUGGCAAUAGUAGUGCCCCCUUCCUGAUUCCUGAUUUUUUUGCAUAUUUAUUACACUUAAAUGUUUCGGAUCA